AUGGAGGCUCGUGAAUCAGCUGCCGCCGGGCAGAAAUGCUCAAACAAGGAACCGUUGAAGGAGAAGGUGCCCCUGCAGAGGAAGUGGGCGUCCGAGCCCUCAGCCACCACCAAAAGAAGCACUUUCGCUGACCCAGAGGCAAAACACCGCGAGAGUUUGCCGUGCGGCGCCACCGGGGGAUCGGCACCUCAGCAAAAGUACGCAAUCACAGGGAACUCUGGAAAGCUGCUAUCUGGACCUUCUGCAGUUGGGGCCAUAGGAGGCCCGCCAUCUCAAGACCCCCAAGGGCCCUUUGCUCAGGGGUUCCCAAGGGGAUACUCCUACCAGCUGGGCCAGCCAUACCCUCAGCACCCCCAAACUGAGCGCUUCCUCUCAGGAGCCAAACCCCAGCCAGGCCUGGAGCCUCACGCCUGGCCGUUCGCCGGCCAGUUGCCCUCAGAUGAUCUGUACCCUGUAGGACACCCGGGACACACUCACCCUCAUGGGGCCGGGGCAGGAAGGUUUACCCGACAGAAAUCCCCCAGUUUACCCAGCUCCUUCGGACAGUAUUCUCAGUCGGGCCCUGAGCCCGGAGAGGAGGGCUACAGCAAAAAGGAGCAGAAGCCGAAAAAGCCCGGUAAGUACAUCUGUCACUACUGUGGCCGAGCGUGCGCCAAGCCCAGCGUCCUGAAGAAGCACAUCCGCUCACACACGGGAGAGAGGCCAUACCCCUGUGUACCCUGUGGCUUUUCCUUCAAAACCAAGAGCAACCUUUACAAGCAUCGCAAGUCCCACGCUCAUGCCAUCAAGGCUGGACUCGUACCGUUUUCAGAGCUAGCUGUGGCGCGCAGCGGGGACAUGGACCAGGCGUCGCCGGUGGGCGAGGCUGAGGUCCACUCAGACGGAGAGCAGAGCACCGACACAGACGAGGAAGGUGUGGAGGGCUCCACCAUGCUGACGGACAAAGACAGCCCCAUCCCACAGAUCUCCUUUGAAGCUGACAAGAGUACAGGUGGUGUGGAACCAGCAUAUGCAGACUCAGCUGAAGAGCUGCCUGUGGGAUCUAUGAAAGUGCCUAUCCUUAUCGUCCCCCGGCCGGGGGGAGUCCCCUCCACAGGGAUGGAGUGCCCACCCUUUCAGGACAUAAAGGGGUCACACCACAUGUUGGCGUCGCAGGCUGGUGGAAGAGCGCAUUCACUGGAUGACUCCCCCACCAUCAAACAACGUUUGGCCUUGAGGCUGACUGAGAAAAAGGGCCAGGACACUGACUGUGCCAUGUCCCAGUCCCUGAACCUCCUCAGCCCUCACAGCAAAGGCAGCACAGACUCUGGAUACUUUUCCCGCUCCGAGAGUGCGGAGCAGCAGAUCAGCCCUCCCAAUACUAAUGUCAAGACGUACGAAGAGAUUAUGUUCGGUCGGACUUGGUACUACCGACCCAACUCUAGAUCCAGGCAGUCUAUCACGGUGGGCAUGGCGGGGGCAGACCCGGGCAGCCUGGCGAGUUUAAAGCAACCAGGUGCUGCUAUCCUGGACAUGGGGAAGAUCGCUGAGGAUCAUAUCUGUUUCAGAGGGGACGUAGGGAUCUCUGGAGAUCCCAAGCAGUAUCCAACAGGACCCUGUCAAAGCAGUACAGGGCUUCUGGAGCCUCCAUCAGAUUCUGGGCCCCUUAUUAGGAGUAACUCCAUGCCAACGUCCUCCCCUCCCACCCUCAGCGUCCCCCCAGGGAUUCGGGGCAGCCACUCCUUCGAUGAGAUGAUGACAUCGGAUGAUGUGUUCUACCCACCGGGGCUUCGUAGACUCAGAAGACAGGCUGCGUUUGAACAUUCAGCCAAUGAAGCCCAUGUAGGAGAGGCCGAGGGUUACGGACACAUGCCCAAGAACUUAGCUUCAUCUCUGGGUAUGAAGAUCGGUGAGCGCAGCCCAGGAGUCCCGGAGCAUAUUGCCUACAGCCCAUAUGGUACUAAAGUUAGCAUGUCUGAAAUAGCCACAAGGAAAAGGAGGAAAGAGAAGAGUGUUGGAGAUGAGGAGGACAGCCCUGGACACUGUGACAGCAGCUGUAGUGGGUCAGUGGAGAUGAUAGGGGACUAUGAGUUUAAACAAGGUAGUCUUGAUGGGUCGAGAGCCACCCCAACAGGGAAGGGCUCCCUGCACAGCGCUCACAGCCAGUCCGACAGCUUCGAUACCUGUGCCAGCAUGUGCUCCGAGGACAUUGCAUUGUUUCCUGACUCUGAGGGCAGGAAGGCAGCUGGGAAUGUCAUAUCGGUCAUCCAACACACCAACUCCCUCAGCCGGCCAAAUUCCUUUGAGAAGUCAGAGUCCUUUGAGCACCCGGGGUAUCAGCCUUCAGAUAAAGGACCACCUAGCCAGUACUCGGAGCAGUCGGACACAGAGAUCUUCGAAGAUGCUCUGAGUCCUGAAUCUGCCCUGCUGAGGACAGAGAGCACAGAGCAGCAGCUGCAAAGUGACAGCGACCUGGCCUCCCUCUCAUCCUCAUCCGCUGCGGCCUCACCCGGCCAGCCUUAUCACAUCCCACACAAACUAGUCCGACAACCCAACAUCCAGGUUCCUGAGAUCAGGGUGACGGAGGAGCCGGACAAGCCCGAGAAAGAUACAGAAGCUCCGAUGACCAAGGAGCCAGAGAAGCAGCAGCAGCACAUGGAGGAGUUUCAGCUGCCGCAGAGGAGUGACACGCUCUCCCAGAUGCCAUCAGAAAAGCUCCCGCCCAAGAAGAAGAGGCUGCGCCUGACAGACAUGGAGCACUCGUCUGGGGAAUCGAGCUUCGAGUCGACCUGCACCAGCCUUUCUCGGAGCCCCAGUCAGGAGAGCAACCUGUCCUCUUCCUUUUCCAUGUCAUUCGACAGAGAUGAAGGCCUAAAGUCCAUCUCACCCACCAAACAGGACGACUCGUCAGCCUCCGGUGGUGGAGUUAAGCAGUCGGAGUUCCUGACGGUACCCGGCAGCGGUCAUUCCAGCCACCACCAGCAGAGGGAGAUGAGGCGGUCUUCAUCGGAGCAGGCGCCAUGCACGCUGCCCACAGAGUUGCCUGAGAUGCGCAGCAAAUCCUUCGACUAUGGAAGCUUGUCCACCUCCAGACAGGGAGAGCUGUACUCCAGUGCCUCCGCAAUGAAGGAACGCCGGCGUGGAUACCUCGUCCGACAGGCUUCACUGAGUGUUUAUCCAGAGGCGGUCGCCCAGGAACCAGGGGGGGCCGAGAUGUCAAUCAAACAGGAGAGUCUGGAGCACGGGGCUUGGUCCGGACCAACAGGAUCCCCUCACAGCAGCAGCGAUGUAGCCGGCAGAACCAAGAGAGUUGGCAGUAGCACUGGUGGUAUAGGAUCUCAUCAACACCAACAGCACCACCAGCAUCUCCUCCAGCAGAGUAUCAGUGAGGACAGUCUGCAGGAUGAGCCACUCUACAGCAGGUCCCAGCAGCAUCGUCUGCAGGCGCAGGGCUCGUCAUCUGAGGGAGAACAUCCAGGUCAUGAGGUCAUGAACAAGGAAGUAAUGCAGCAGUACCAGAGUGGCCCCCCCUUCCUUUCCUUCCAGCAGCCAGGUCUCUUCUGGGGCCAGGAGGCCGGACAGAACCCCAGACAGCAGCUUUCCCAGCAGCAGCAGCAGCUCCAGAAGCUCCACAUCAGAUCACCCGGCGCCCUGCCUGGACACCCGCCGCUCAAACAACAGCCGCUACACCCCCUGAAGCAAAUUCACGACCAACAGCCACACGACGGGAAGUCAGAAAAUCCCAGCUCUCAGAUGUACCCGACCUCUUUCUCAUCUCGUACAUCUCCUCUGUCGCAGCAGCAGAACUUUGGCUCCAAGCUCCCCAUGCCCAGCUCCACCGCCACAUCCAUGCUCCUGCAGCAGAUCCAGCCCGUCUUCGCCACCCAGAACCUGGGGUCCCAGGCCUCUCUGCCUGGCAUGCUGGUUCCUGUGCGGAUCCAAACCCAUGUGCCAUCAUUCGGUAGUGUUAUGUACACCAGUGUUAGUCAGCUGAUAGCUACCCACGGCAGUGGAGCACAAGGGGUGGGCUUAGCCAGCGCCGACAACAGCAACAUGUCUCCUCCGGUUGGUGUCAGUAAACCUCCUGGAGGAAUUGGAGGAGGCAUCAGUGGAACAGGUUUCAACCUGUCACACUUCCUGGGACAGACCGACGGCUCAGUGCUGCGCUACCCGCUCUGGAAGGUUCCAGAUUCACUGCCGGAGCAACGCCUCAACACAGGAAUCCCGCUGUCGCUAACGUCAGGCACCAUAUCCACCACCGACGCCUCGGGGUCCGGCAUCGGCGGCAGCAAGCGCAUGCUCUCCCCCGCCAGCUCGCUGGAGCUCUUCAUCGAGACGAAGCAGCAGAAGAGGGUGAAGGAGGAGAGGAUGUACGGACAGAUCGUGAAGGAGAUGGGCGCCGUGGAGCUGAGUGGAACUGAGAGCAGCAACAAGCCUGAGAAGAGGCAGAGCAGAGGUCAGCGAGCCCGUCUGAAGAGCGAGGGCUCCAUGGACGAGUCUGAGAGGAUGUCCUCGUCUCCACCACUGAGCGACUUCCCGGUUGCCGCCAAGAUCGCCAUCCCCGUCCGUUCCUCUGCCCCCCACCUCCCUGACGUGCCCCGGCCCGAGAGCUUCACCCCUCCUCUCCAGAUUGUCACGGACCGGUCCCCGGCUUCAGGAGGCCGGGACUCCCCAGAGGAGCUGGAUGUGGACGAUUCAGCUCCAGAGCCGAGCUCCAGCCCCCAGUCCAUGGUCUCCUCCAACGACGCAGAAGAUAGUGACGCACCGAAGCAGCCUCCCCCCAGUAAACUCCCUGUUAGCAUGCUGGUGCAGCUAGCUGCUAACCAGCAGUCCGCAGCAGUGGGACAGACUCUGCUCCUCACUGACGUGGCCGACGUGCAGCAGUUUUUCCAGUUCCCGAGCCUGCGCACCAUGAGCCGAGUCAGCUGGUGUUUCCUGAAGUACACCAAACCCAACAGCACCCAGGCCGCUCUGCGCAGCUCCGUCUACAGUUCAUGGUGCGUGAACUCCUACAACCCCAACCCUCUGAACCUCAGCACCAAGGCUGCGCUGGCCCUGCUCAGGUCCAAACAGAGGAGGAACACCGACCUGAUGUACACAACAGCCGCCAUGUCGCCACCCAGCUCCGGAAAACUGGUGUCGUCAGUGGCCUGGAAGCUGCGGUUUGAUCAGUUGAAGCCGGAGCUGAUGCCUGUCGACGUAAGUCAUUUCGGAAGGAAGAUGAAGGGAGUGGUGUCGUGGGACCGUUCGAAGGAGGAGCAGGUAGAGAAGGAGGUCUCAGUCAAACAGCCCACCAACGAACCGACCCGUAUCAAGAUCUUCGAAGGCGGCUACAAAUCCAACGAGGACUACGUUUACGUUCGCGGUCGAGGUCGAGGGAAAUACAUCUGUGAGGAAUGUGGCAUCCGCUGUAAGAAACCCAGCAUGUUGAAGAAACACAUCCGCACGCACACCGACGUCCGGCCGUACGUCUGCAAGUUCUGCAACUUCGCCUUCAAGACGAAAGGAAACCUGACCAAGCACAUGAAGUCUAAGGCUCAUAUGAAAAAGUGUCUGGAGUUGGGAGUCUCCAUGUCUUCGGUUGAGGACACCGAGGCAGACGAUGGAGAUGUGGGAGAUGAAGGUCAGAGGUCGUCUGAGAAGAUCUCCAGAGCGGCGAUGGCGGAGCAUCAGUUCUCAGACGCAGACGACUCAGAGGGCGGCGAGGAGGACGGCGAUGAGGUGGACGAUGAAGACGACGAAGAGGACGACUACGACGGCGACUCCACUCCGAAGACUCGUUCGCGCUCCACCAGCCCGCAGCCGUACGGCCUGCCCUCCCUGUCGAUCACAGCCGUGGCCGCCUCCCACCCGUCUCCUCACCUGUCCCAGCACGCCGCCGCCGACCUGCUGGGAAACACCAACAAGCCUCCGCUGUUCGGCUACUUCACCACGGUGCCGAGCAUCCAGAUCACGUCGCAGGCUCCGCCCAGCGACCCGGCCGAGCGCCAGGAGUUCCAGCGAGGCGUUCAGAGGCCGCAGGGCAGCAGGCUGCUGGUGCCACCCUCCUCCUCCUCCAUGGAUGAAGACCUCCCCGUCCCCUCCCCUGACCUGUCCUCCCCCUCCUCCCGCCUGUCCUCGCCCGGGCUCGACCACUCCGGCUGCCCGUCCCCCAUUUCCCCUUCCUCCUCACCCUCCGCCCGCCGGUACCUCUCCCCACGCCGCGACCUCUCACCCCGCGCCGGACACCUCUCACCGCGGCGGGACAUCUCUCCUCUGCGUCACAUCUCCCCCAAGAGAGACCUGGUGGCGGCGGGGGGGUUCCGGCGAGACCUCUCCCCCAGGAGGGGACACCUCUCGCUGCUCUCCCCCCUCUCUCGACCCACGUCUCCAGCAGGAAGAGACUACAAGCGUGACCUUUCACCUCGGGGCCGCCACAGGGGGGUGAUCCGGCCCCUGUCUCCUCGCCGAGGGCUCCACCAACACCUCCACCACCAAAGCCAGCAGAGUGGGGCUCGGGGCCUGAGGCAGACUCAUCAGACCGGGCUCCUGGCUCAGGGAGACUUCGGUCCUCUGGGACGCCGUAGAACCAGCACAGAGAUGGAGACGGAACAUCGUCCAGCUUCACCGUCACUAGGGGAACAGGACCAGGCCAGUAGCCAUGGUAACCAGUCCAGCCCACCUCAACAAGUCCUGUUCAGUCACCUUCCACUCCAUUCUCAACUCCAGGUGCGUUCGCCGUAUCCCAUGAUUCCCAUCGGGGGGAUCCAGAUGGUUCACUCCGUCCCCUCGUCAGUCACCACCCCUCUGGCCCAGCAGGGGGCGGAGCCAGCCGUCUCCCGCCUGCCGCUGCAGAAGAGCACGUCAGAGGACUCCACCACCAGCGAGGCCGCCUCCCCACACUUCACCUCCUUCAUCGAGAGGGGAGGACGAGGAGGAGGGGGGGAGUGGGUGAGGGAGUCGUCAUCGCCUCACCCCUCCUCGCAGGAGAGGGAAGGAGGGGGAGGAGUGAGGCGGGCGCAGGAGCAGGAGGAGGGGAUCCAGACCUGCACCAAGGCCAUCGCCUCGCUCUGCAUCGACUCCGAGGAUCCUGCAGAGAGGAGAGGAGGAGGAGGAGCGGGAGGAAGAGGGGAUGAAGGGAAAGAGGGAGGCAGAGUUUCCUCCUCUUCCUCCCCCUCUGUUCUGUCCCCCGACUCCCAACAACAACCACCGCACCGCUCUCCAUCCAUCUCCAUGUCUCCACCGUCUCCUCACCCCUCGCCCUCUCCUCCUGGGAUUCAGCACUUUAGCGGCCUGGAGCUCAGGCCCCACCCCCACCCCCACCCCUCCAUCCCUUCCUCCCCCUCCUCUUCCUCCUCCUCUCCUCACCCUCCUCCCAGCCCCGGAUCCGACGCCCUCCAGCCUCCGCCGGCGUCCAAACCUCCGAAGCUGGAGAGAGACAGGGAGGUGGAAAGCACAAAGAGGAGCAGAGACGUGUCGUAG